AUCUCAUGGAACAGUUGCAUGCAUCGACUUCCUAUUUAAGUAGGGCUUCUCAUGGCUUGUGAGAAUCACAAUACAUGUACAUAUGAUUUAGAUAUUUGGUGUACCAGAGAUGUUGAUGCUGUGGAUUGGAGCUUUGGUUCUGAUUAUAUGCAUCGCUCGUUGGGUUUACCAGUGGAGAAACCCUAAAUGUAAUGGCGAACUCCCACCUGGUUCAAUGGGAUUUCCACUUGUUGGCGAAACUCUUCAGUUCUUCAGCCCCAGCACGAGUUCCGACGUUCAUCCCUUCGUCAAAGACCGGAGGGAAAGAUAUGGACCAAUAUUCAAGACCAGCUUAGUGGGGCAACCGGUGAUCGUAUCGUCGGACUCCGAUCUCAAUCACUUUGUGUUUCUUCAAGAAGGGAAAUUGUUUCAGAGUUGGUAUCCGGCUACAUUCACAGAGAUCUUUGGACGUCAAAAUUUGGGUUCCUUACAUGGCUUCCUGUACAAAUACCUCAAGAACAUGGUGCUUAGUCUCUUCGGACCCGAAAGCCUCAAAACGAUGCUCCCUGAAGUCGAGCGAAUGGCUCGCCGGAGGUUACAAUGCUGGUCGGUCCAUGACACCAUCGAAUUAAAAGAAGCAACCGCUAGUAUGAUAUUUGAUCUAACGGCCAAAAAGCUGAUAAGUUUUGACCCGGAGAAUGCCACUCAGAAUCUGAGGGACAAUUUCGUUACCUUCAUGGAAGGAUUGAUCUCCUUUCCCUUGAAUAUUCCUGGUACAGCCUAUCACAAAUGUUUACAGGGAAGGAACAAUGCAAUGAAAAUGCUAAAGAACCUGCUAAACGAGAGGCGCCGGGCAAUGCCGGGGAAAAGCCGAGGCGACUUCUUCGAUUUCGUACUCGAAGAACUCGAGAAAGAGGACACAGUCUUAAUGGAGGCAAUCGCUCUGGAUUUGAUGUUUGUUCUACUGAUUGCAAGCUAUGAAACAACUUCCGUGGCUCUAACUGUAGCAGUACAAUCCCUUUCCGACCACCCUUCAGUUCUGAAAAAGCUAAGGGAAGAGCACGAAGCAAUUCUGGGCUGGACUGGAAAAGAAUAUAAAUCAAUGACAUACACAUUCCAGUUCAUCAAUGAAACAGUUAGACUUGCAAAUAUAGCUCCACUAAUCUUCAGAAAAGCACUAGAAGAAAUCCAUUUCAAAGGAUAUACCAUUCCAGCUGGUUGGGCAGUAAUGGUCAGUCCCCCGGCUGUGCACUUGAAUCCAGCAAUAUACCAAGAUCCCUUGACCUUUAAUCCAUCGAGAUGGGAGCAAGGGACAUAAAUGGAGCCUCCAAGAAUUUCAUGGCAUUCGGUGAUGGGAUGAGAUUCUUUAUAGGAGCAGACUUCGCCAAAGUGCAGAUGGCCGUGUUUCUCCAUUGCCUGGUUACCAAGUACAGGUGGGAACCGAUCAAAGGCGGGAAUA